AGGCUUCGGCAACGUCAACGACAUCUCCUCUACUAUGAACUCAAUCAACACCCAACCUUUGCCGGUCCAGAACACACAGUACUCUGCAGUUCCGUCCCUGCCCAACGGUCCCCUCAACAUCAACCCUGCUCCUAGCCAAGCGGCUUCUCAGCCCUCCCCGCAGUCCUCGAUCACAUCCCCGCCGUCUGCGGCUGCCACCCCCGCCCCGGCCCCGGCUACCACCUCCCCGGCGGCAGGACCUAAGCGCAAGAACACACAAAAGACCCCGGCCAUGAGCGUAGAGGAGGCCGCGCGCGUUGCCGCCGAAGAAGACAAGCGUCGCCGGAACACCGCCGCGAGCGCCCGCUUCCGUGUGAAGAAGAAGAUGCGUGAGCAAGCUCUCGAGAAGACCGUCAAGGAGACCACCGAGAAGAACACUGCGCUGGAGGCUCGCGUCACGGCCCUGGAGCUGGAAAACCAGUGGCUCAAGAACCUGAUCACUGAGAAGAACGGACAAACCUCGGAAGAGGCCAAGAAGUCGGAGAGCGACAUCGCCGCUAUGUUCAAGAAGUUCCUGGCUUCUCAACAGCAGAAGGAGACCGAACGGAGUAGUUCUGAGUCCAAGAUCGGCGUGGGCACUGCCUAAACCCGACAUUCUUGUGUUGUCUUCUUUUCUUGCUUGUUCAUUUGAGCUUUGUAGAUGAUGUUUACGCAGAGUCGCUGAUUCUCCCAUCAUUUUUUCUAUCUCUUCUUAUUCUUUUAUCCUUUUUUUUUUCUCUUUUAUCUAAUGGUGUACAUGAGGGGAUGGCGUCGCGGUGCUCGGAAAUACCUAGGCUCGUCGGUGGCAUGAGUGAUGUUUAUGAAGUACAAAAAUUCUUCGAUCGAAACAGAUAAGACCAGGAGAAGCUGUUGUGCAUAUCACGCAGUCAGUCCCUGUUUUCUUAAAAAAAGCAUAUGACAAUGAAAAUGAAACAUUGACAA